GUUGUCUAGUCCACAGUCCUGAAUGUUGCUGCACUCAGAGGUGAACUCCAGACUCUUACCCUGGAAAUGCUCCUGCUCAAACACAGUAACCUGAGCAGGAUUGACAAACAGAGGCACCAAGGAGGAAAGAGACAGGUUUGUUUCUCUCCCAGUAAUCCCUCUCCUUUGGGCGCCAGGGUAUAAAAGGAAGAGGCGUACUCGAGCCGCACACACUCUGAGUGAGGCUCGACGCAGGCAUCGCACACACAGACAGUAAUCAUGUCCAGUGGAGAUAAGUCAAAGAGUUCUUCCCAGACUGAUGGGAAGGCCACUCAAGGCAAGAAAUCAGAUAUAGGAACGAUUUCCUAUAAGAUGUUGGUGUUCGACCAGGAGAACUUCCAGGGCCGCAUGAUCGAGAUCAGCAACGAGUGCAUGAAUGUGUGUGAGCUUGGCAUGGACCGUGUGCGCUCACUGAAAGUUGAAAGUGGACCCUUUGUGGGUUUUGAGCAGAUGAACCUCUGUGGAGAAAUGUACAUCCUGGAAAAGGGAGAGUAUCCUCGCUGGGAUUCCUGGAGCAACUCCCAGAAGAACGACUACCUGCUGUCCUUCAGGCCCGUCAGAAUGGACCCCGAGAAGCACAAGAUCUGUCUGUACGAGGUUGGUGAGUUUAAGGGUCGCAAAAUGGAGAUCAUGGAUGAUGAUGUUCCCAGCCUGUUCUCCUACGGCUUCACUGACAGAGUGGGCAGCAUCAUCGUCAGCUGUGGAACCUUUGUGGGAUACCAGUUCCCUGGUUACCGUGGCAGCCAGUACCUUUUGGAAAAGGGCGACUUCAGGCACUUCAAUGAGUUCGGCGCCCGCAGUCCUCAGUUGCAGUCCGUGAGGCGUAUCCGUGACAUGCAGUGGCACCAACAGGGUUGCUACACCUUGGCUAGCAAGUGAGGCUCAGGGAAGGAGAGAAAGAGAAAGAGCGGAAGUGAGGGAGAGGGGCGGAGGAAGAGGGAAAGGGGAAGAGAUGUCUGAGGUUUUACCUCAGUACUUUUAAUGCUCUGUGAUCUAAGGCAGUGAAGGGAAGGGUGAGGAUCUAGAUCUGCCCCUGAUUAGAGACAACACCUCACUGGAAGGACCACCCGGACCAACCUCCAUUCCUCUCUGUCUCUAUUUUUCUCUUUCUCCCCUAUGGGCUGAGUUUUACUUUCCUCCCUUUACUCCUUUUUUUAAAGUCCCUCACAUCAUUCCCCUCACAGUCCUCUGAACCCCAGAGAGGGAUCACAACCCCUCUGGUUGUUUUACAUACUCGAUUCUCGGCUCAGGGUUUGAUGCAUCAUGGGAAACUGAUUCCCUAGAGCUCCCUGCCCCCUGACUUCUAGCCCCUGUGCUUUGCACAUCCUCUGCUGUACAGAAUCCUGGCCAAGUUUUCAAUAAAAAGGAAAAUCUUGAUUUCAAAUAUGUUUUUGUUUUUAUUACGAGCAGCACAGACAGAUGAAAUAAUACAUCUGUGAGAUUGAUCCGUUUUUAUUGAUUGGAUGGAUUGGCACCGAAUAGAGUUUCAUGUUUAACCUGAAAAGUUUUGAGAAAAUUUUGUGGGCAGGAAUUUUUAUUGUGUGAAACCUAUAUUUGUAGUUUUUCUAUGUGAAUGUAUGAAAAUACUUUAACCAACAUCAGACAUGAUUGCAUUGUUUUUAGAUC